AUGGCAUCCUUCAUGUUGUUCAGCCUUACAAUUUGUUUUUCAGUCGGACUCAUACUAAUCAGCCCGCUCGCUUUCCUUGAUAUCAGAAAUUUAUUCAGAGCGGAAACCCAGGUUUCUGAGUAUGAUUACCGCUGGGAGAAGAUUAUGAGAAUUACUUUCGAUACUGGUUCAAUAGGUCUAGAGAUUACUGGACUCGUUGCAAUCGCGACAGCACCCCAUUCAAUUGAGAAGUACUUCUGGCUAGACGCAGUCAUUAUGAGCAACCUCCAACUUCUCACUAGCAACAACCUCGCCCGAAUGCUACAGAUUUUCAUCUUACCCCCCUGGACCAUAUGGGCAGUACAUCUGGUGGCUGUCUUGACUAUACUGGAUGUUGUUGCCGCAGUUACAGGCAAAACAAUAUCUGCUUCUUACGAGUCGGCACUGCUUACUCGCUUCGCUGUUGCAUCGUUUUUAUCUUUGGCACUCUCACACAAACAACUAGAGACCCACAAGAACUCAGGAUCUGAGCGCAGAGAUGAAGAAUAUAUGCGGGUGUUGCAUGCCUUUAUUUUCGCGAACGCGGCUGCCGCGUCCAGCCAACUUUGUAGCGCAGUCUUUACCUCUAGUUUCUCACUUGGGUAUAGAAGCACUUCUACCAAACUACGGCAAGGUCUAUUUAUAGCAUGUACUGCUACACAAUUCCUAUGUUAUCUUCCAUUCUACAUUAAUCGGAUCUGGCGUCGAACUAUUCUACCAAUAAGUUCUUGGAUGGAAGGAAUACGCCACUUCUUCGCGGGCAGAUUUACAGAGAAUGAUAAUUUCUGA